AUGGUGUUUCUUCAUAUUAUUAUCAUUAAAACAAUUCCUAAGGCGGAUAGUCAUAUUGAAAAUAGUUUUAAACUUGUUAAGGAGCUUGAUGGUAGGCGGCUGAGUGAUGAAUUUCAGUUAAUGUCUUUGGACGUUGUUAGCCUCUUCACUAACGUCCCCAUCGACUAUGCGAUGGACUGCAUCAAAGAUCAUUGGCGUUUUAUUUCCAAAGAUUGCAGUUUACCUGAGGAGGAAUUCAUCAAAGCAGUUCAAUUUGUUUUAGAUUCUACUUUCUUUGUUUUUGAUAGUGUUAUAUAUAAGCAGAAUUAUGGUACUCCUAUGGGCUCUCCAUUGUCUCCCGUCAUCGCGGAUCUGGUUAUGCGAAAGUAUGUUGACGAUAUAAUCAUGGCGGCUCCUGAUUCUUCGGUUAGUUCCAGUCUUGAUAUUUUUAAUUCGCAGCAUCCGAGGUUUAAGUUUACUAUGGAAGUGGGGGGUGAUAGAUUGAAUUUUUUGGAUGUUACAGUGAUUAGGGAUGAUGAGUUGACAGAGUUCGAUUGGUACCACAAGCCGACUUUUUCAGUAUUGUUAGAGAAUGAUUACUCUUUAAACUUCAUAUUUGAGAAUAUUAGCAAUCGUUUGAAAAACGUUAUUAUGGCUAGUAAUAGGAAGAAUGUCGUUAAUGAUAGUAGCAUUGACGUAGCGCAGCCUUCGUGGUUCACUGUUCCGUUCGUUCGUGGUAUUAUUGAGAAGUUUAGUAGAUUGAAUAGCUAUCGUAUGAGGGUGUCGUUUUACAGAAGCAAUAAAUUGCGAGAAUUCAUUAGGGUAUAUGAGGACCCCUUACUGCGUGAAAAGAAGUCGAAUGUUGUUUAUAAGAUUUCUUGUAAGGGUUUCGACGCGAGUUAUGUGGGACAUAUGUGUAGACAGCUGAAAUCAAGAGUCACGGAGCAUAAGAACCACAUCCGAUGGAACACGUCUACUCGUAACGUUAUAACGGAGUAUCGGUUGCAAGAGGGCCAUGACUUUGAUUGGGACACCGUUACAAUAUUGGACAAGGGACCACAUUACAGGAAGAGAUUGACUUCGGAGAUGAUAUUGUCAGGAGACAGACGCACGGACUCAACUUGGAGACGGAUAUGGAGGGGCUUCCCAAGGCCUACCUCCCGAUCAUUGACAAGCUAUAAAAGGUCGAGUUGUUGUCGCGCCUAG